CUGCACUAGGGAGUUUUGCCAGCACAGCUCCGUUAAUCAGUGGAGUGAGGAGUAUGAUCCCAGAUGCAUAUAUAGGUGUUCUGGCAAAAGCUCCCUGUGUAGACACAGUUAUAGGGGCAGAACUGCUCUUGAGACAGAUAGCUCUUUCUCUCAGUGGGGGCUGGAAUAAGCCACACUGGCAAAAGCUCAAUUGUACUGGGCUUGUGAAGUUGGGGGUUCACUGUGUAACAUGUCAAAAGGUCGCGAUAAAAAUUGUCAACAGAGAGAAGCUCAGCGAGUCAGUGCUAAUGAAGGGGCCUUACGCACUGGUGCAGCUCAAUCCCUCCUAUUCUCUGCCUCAUACUGCUCUGAUCUCCUGUGGGAUGCAAGACUUUAGUCUCUCUGACUGUAUGACUGAAGUAGGAAGAAUGUUAGGGCACCUCUGAAGAUCUUUCCCACUAGGUACAGAGGAUCAGAGAAGCAGAAAAUCAGUUUAUUUCACCAAUGUACUGCGUUCAGGUGAAUCUAGGACACAGGAGACCCAGGACAUUUAUGUACUAAAAAUAAUAAAUAACAGGGAAAAUAGUAUUUCCAUGUAUCUUAAAAAGCCUCAAGGAAAAAGUUUAAAAAAAAACGCCCACAAACCUGUCAGAGUUGCUGAUUAAGAAAAACUGUACUGGCCUGCUUGUAUGAGUUACUAUUCUCAUGAUGAAGAGCUUGAUUUUAAGUGUAGGUGGAUUAGUGGUACGGCAAGCAAGUCUUGUGGUCAGGGCCUGCUGCUUCAGUCUCUCUUUUAGAUCAGUGUGUCCUGAGCCCCUUGAAUGGUGUUCAGCUAGGUGCGCUUCCUUGUCGAUUACCCCCUAGUCCUGCCUGUCCCAGGAAUCCAGCAUGGGUCGGAAGAUCUGGAGACUCCUGCUCCACUGGGUGCGAGCCUGGGGAUGUUGGCUCUCCUACUGAAAGUGAAACCGUGAAACAGUAGGGUGGGCCUAUGUUCAGGGCACCUCCUGCUCACCUUCCUCUAAAUCAUGUCCUACAGGUUGUACCUCCCUUCACCGGGACUCUCUGGUCCGGCAACAUCCAU